GCAUCAGUGGACCAGCCGGGGACAGCCAGUGGCGCACGGAGGAGACGGAACUUAUUCCAUUUGUAUAAGGAAUCUAUGAUAAGCAGUCUCUCUUCUUUCCUCCUUCCUUUCAGAUGUGGCGGCUCUGAAUGAGAGUCAGGCGCAGAGAGAGAGAGACAGAGAAGGACUGAGAGAAAGAGAGAGGGAGCCGGGGAGAUCAGCGGGGACGGGACUUGUCUGUGCGCGGAGCGGAGAGCUCUUCUCCGGGCGUCGGCUGCGCUCGAUCCGGCGGUGCUGCGCUCUGGUUCUUCGGUUAUACGUGCCAAAAAGGGCACGUUUUUUGGAAAAGGGGGACAUUAAAAGUUGCCUCGCUUUUUGAGGAGCUCUUUUGAAGAUCUGCUGUCGUUUCAAGACCAAAUCGCGGUGGUUACACAGAGAUCCACGCAUGUUGGAGGUGAAGAGAGGACCGCUGGAUGCCCGCGGAUUUGCGAGUCCUCAACACGCAGCCAAGGACUACAUCCCAGGCGGACAUCAUCUGAAGGAGUAAGGACGCACAAGUGGCUCGUUUCCGCGCGUCUCUUGCGCUUUUUGGAGAGGAUAUGGUUGGGUCGCUGAGAGAGCAGCCGGUACCGGCCAGAGGAGGCUGAAGGACAGGAUGCCAACCUGAGCCCGAUAACAAACCUUUUACAACUUUGCCAAAAGAGACACAUUUGCUUUAUUUUCCAAGAAUUGAAAAAGGAAGGCUAAGAAAACUUAAAAGCCUUUGGAAGGAAUUUCCUUUUUGGAGUUUCCCUCUUUAUUUUUUAUUUCCCUUUUUUGUAUGCGUGAUUCUAUUUUUUGGGUGAUAAAACAAGGAUGCAUUGUGGAUUAGCUAUUCUCCUGCUCAUGGGAAUCCUCCUGGUGGUCAAGGCUUCGAAAAGCGAUAAAUGUGGAGGCAACGUCCGAAUCUCGUCCGCCAGCUACCUCACGUCCCCCGGGUACCCCAUGUCCUACUCCUCCUCUCAGAGAUGCGCAUGGGUCAUCUCUGCACCCGGUCCGCACCAGAAGAUCCUCAUCAACUUUAACCCGCACUUCGACCUGGAGGACCGGGAAUGCAAGUAUGACUACGUGGAAGUGCGAGACGGCGUGGACGAGAGCGGCCAGCUGGUGGGGAAAUACUGCGGGAAGAUCGCUCCGUCUCCGGUCGUCUCCUCCGGGAACCAGCUCUUCAUCAAGUUCGUUUCUGACUACGAGACCCACGGCGCAGGCUUCUCCAUCCGAUACGAGAUAUUUAAGACAGGUCCCGAAUGCUCCAAAAACUUCACCUCCGGCAGCGGGGUUAUAAAGUCCCCGGGGUUCCCGGAGAAGUACCCCAACAAUCUGGACUGCACUUUCAUGAUCUUCGCUCCAAAGAUGUCCGAAAUCGUGUUGGAGUUCGAGAACUUUGAGCUGGAGCCCGACGCCACGCCCCCUGCUGGCGUGUUCUGUCGCUACGAUCGGCUGGAGAUCUGGGACGGCUUCCCCGGAGUCGGGCCUUACGUCGGGCGGUACUGCGGACAGAACACCCCGGGCAGGAUCAUCUCCUACACGGGCAUCCUGGCCCUGACAAUCAACACAGACAGCGCCAUCGCUAAGGAAGGCUUCUCUGCCAACUUCACCGUCAUCGAAAGGACCGUUCCAGAAGACUUCGACUGCAGCGACCCUUUGGGAAUGGAAUCGGGGGAGAUAACAUCAGACCAAAUCAUGGCUUCAUCCCAGUACAACCCCAGCUGGUCCCCGGAGCGCUCCAGACUCAAUUACUACGAAAAUGCGUGGACGCCGGCGGAGGACUCGAACAAGGAGUGGAUUCAGGUGGACCUUGGGUUUUUGAGGUUCGUGUCAGCCAUUGGAACCCAGGGCGCCGUUUCCCAGGAGACCCAGAAGAUCUACUACGUCAAGGCCUACAAAGUGGACGUCAGCUCUAAUGGGGAGGACUGGAUCACUCUGAAAGAAGGCAACAAGCAGAAGGUUUUCCAAGGCAACACUAACCCAACAGACGUUGCCAAGACGAUGCUGCCCAAACCCACGCUGACGCGCUUCAUCCGGGUCCGUCCCGUUUCCUGGGAGGCGGGGAUCGCUCUGCGCUUCGAGGUGUACGGCUGUAAGAUAUCAGAGUACCCGUGCUCAGGCAUGCUGGGUAUGGUCUCAGGCCUGAUCACGGACAACCAGAUCACGGCAUCCUCCCACACGGACCGGAACUGGGUCCCGGAGAACGCCCGGCUGCUGACCAGCCGGACGGGCUGGACGCUGCUGCCGCAGCCCUUCGUGGACGAGUGGCUGCAGGUGGAUCUGGGGGAGGAGAAGCUGGUGAAGGGCUUGAUCAUCCAGGGCGGGAACUACCGCGAGAACAAGGUGUUCAUGAAGAAGUUCCGCCUGGGCUACAGCAACAACGGCUCCGACUGGAGGACGGUGCUGGACGCCAGCGAGACCAAGCCAAAGAUAUUCGAAGGUAACAGCAAUUACGACACUCCUGAGCUGAGGGUAGUGGAGCCCCUGCUGACCCGUUUCAUCAGGAUUUACCCAGAGAGGGCCACCCUCGCCGGCUUGGGCCUGCGACUCGAAAUCCUGGGCUGUGAGAUUGAAGCUCCGACGUUCCCCCCGACCACGCUGGCCCCGAGCACAACCCCGUCAGACGAGUGCGACGACGACCAGGCGAGCUGCCACAGCGGCACAGGUGAUGACUACGAUGUGACAGGCGGUACCAUGAUGCCAGAUACGACUACGGCCGAAGGGAAUACCAUCCCAGCUUUCCAGUGGUUUGCCUGUGACUUCGGUUGGGCCAAUAAUCCCUCGUUCUGCAGCUGGACAUCAGAGGACACAGGCUCCCGGUGGCAGAUCCAGUCCAGCGGGACCCCCACCCUCAACACUGGACCCAACAUGGACCACACAGGUGGAUCGGGGAACUUCAUCUACACCUUAGCAACUGGUCUCCAGGAGAACGAGGUGGCUCGGCUGGUGAGUCCUGUGGUCAACUCCCCAGAGACGGAGCUCUGCGUGUCCUUUUGGUACCACAUGUUUGGGUCGCACAUCGGCACGCUGCACAUCAAACAGCGCAAACAGACCCUGGACGGACCCGCCGACAUCCUGCUGUGGACAGUUAGUGGCCACCAGGGCAACCGGUGGAGGGAAGGCCGCGUCUUAGUGCCGCGCACCAACAUACCUUAUCAGGUGGUGAUUGAAGGUCUUGUGGAGAGAAAGAGCUGGGGAGACAUCGCUGUGGACGACAUUAAGGUUCUCCAAGGGGUCAACAUGCAAGACUGCAAAGAUCCCGAUGUGCCCACUGAACCGAUGCUACCUGAGGAUGGCUUCAAUGAAAUCAUCAAUGAAAACACAGAAUAUCCAGACUUUGUGGAGACCAACCAGAUCAGCGGAGCGGGAAACAUGCUGAAGACGCUGGACCCCAUCCUCAUCACCAUCAUCGCCAUGUCCGCCCUGGGGGUCUUCCUGGGGGCCAUCUGCGGCGUGGUCUUGUACUGCGCCUGCUCGCACGGAGCCAUGUCCGAGAGGAACUUAUCCGCCCUGGAGAACUAUAACUUUGAACUAGUGGACGGCGUCAAGCUAAAGAAAGACAAACUCAAUGUACAAAGCUCUUACUCCGAGGCAUGAGACGGGACCGAUGGGAUUCAUGUGACUGAAAGACGGGCAGGGGCUCGAACAGGACUGGCCUCUCGGCGUAUCCUAUUGUAUAUCUGCGAGUAGGCAGGCUCAACGGGACUGCCAACACCCUCAACUCACUGGAUGAGGGACAGGUUCAGGAACCAGUGGGAGGUUUGGACUGAUCCACGCUUUUCUCAGGAGCUGCAGUUAAAAGAACCCACCAGUAGGGGACACUGUGUACAAAAAGAAAAAAAAAUACAGGAAAAAAUUAUGUAAAGAUGAUUUAGAUUAUAUUUUAAUUUUGUAUUUUGAUUUUCAUUGAUUUUUUAAAAUCGAAUGCUGGUGUUGAGACCAAUUUAUGAAUAAUGUUAAAAGUAUUUAUCAUUUUUCUGGGAAAGAAAUGUGUUUUUAGCAUCAGUUCAUGAAGGCCGAUGUUUCUCAAGUUUUGAAAGAGACGUAUCAAAACCAUUAAUGAACCAUAUCCGGCAAAACUGUAGAUUUGCCCCAUGAUGUGGCAUAAAGAGUGUGCCCUUAACCCGUGACCCUGAAACAUGUGCCCCCCCCCCCGACCCCAUUCACUCUAAAGUGAGGGUCCCAUUCAUGGUAAUGUAUGGUUCUGACAGUGCCUUUAGUACCUUUUUUGGUUGGCCUCAUUGUUGAUUCUGGGUGUUUUUUUUUUUUGUUUGUUCGUUUUUUUAGUUAUGAUGACAGGAAACAGGGCACAUGAGCUUCUAAAAGAAAAAAAAAACCCUGCAAAACAGGAUUUUACUUCAUCACAGUGCUUUUUUGUUUUGUUUUCUGUCCAAAAAAAACCACACACUGUAAAUAAGUUUUAAUAUAUUUUAUUGCCCUUUUUAAAGAAAGUAAAAAGAAACAAAACAAACAAAAAAAAAGCUGCAGUAUCCUUUUUUUUCAUGGGUUCGUGUGUGUGUGUAAAUACAAUCUUCGGACUGUUUUGUGGAAGUGUUGAGUUUUAGUUGCUCAGGCAAGCAAGACAUAGCGCAACAGCAGACGUUGCAGUGUUUUUCAAUGUGCAUUCAAGCCAUCUGUCACUCAAACACCCACUUUAGGGGGAAAAAAACACACCAAAGGAUGGAGGAAUCAAAAGGUACCAUGCACACACAAAAAAACCUAAAGAAAUGGACUCCACACGAGCAAUCACUGAUAACACCUUUUUUUUAAGUUUGACUGAAUGAUCUGAUAAGCUAAGAUAUGUCCAAGGGAAAUCAAUAAAUACAAAAAAUACUAAAAAAAACUCAAAUCAUUACCGAUUUGCUUUAGUCGGGAAGUAGCUCAUCAUUUCCAACAUCACUGUGGAUCAUUCACUGAAGGACUAUCUGGACAAUGCAGCUUGAAUGCACUUUGCUUUCUGACUCCCUCGUAGAUCUGUUAAAAGAGGGGUGAACCCACUAAAUGAAGAAAAUGGUGCUAUCAGUCCCUUAGCAAGACGCGUGUCUCGCCAUAGACCUGGUUUGUAUUGUCCACAUGCUCUAGUGUAGCUAAAAGGCCCCUUUUUUUCGGCCUCAAAGAGUUUUACGUGUUUCACAUGUAGCAGCCAUAAUGUUGUGAUGUCAGAGCCGAUGUCAUUAGGAUGGGACGCUGGAGCGGUGGGGGAUGGAGCGGCAUCGCCUGAAUCAGGUCUCCUGGCCUCACCCUGUGGAUCUACCAAAGGACGGUUGCCCCCUGCCUGGUCUGCUGAGGGGUUUCUCACCAUCACACGAUAAUACUACAGGAACACAGCUCAUCAGCAGUCACCGCUCACUACAGAACUGUCACAGACCCCUAAGGAGGCCACAAGGGAGGAUACUAGGACUCCUUGUGCAGCGGUCUGUUUUUCUAUACUUUUUCUUAAGCCUAAAAAGUGCAAACACUACCAUGAGGGGAUCUCCACGAGUCUGUGGAGACUCUGCUUUGCAGAUGGAUGGAUGAAGCUUCGCUGGAAGGGGAAGUGGCUCUGCGUGAGCGCCGGGCGAGGAGGACAGUGUAAGAACACGAGGAACCCCCUCGGUCCCGGGACUCCUGUGGGUUUUCCACAACCACGAUCAAACAAUCACAGACUUGAUCUUGAGGAGGGUGGCAUCUUUUAUAUCCGUGUGCUUUGUAUGUUGUGCCGUGGUGAACGCAUUCUCAGACUUAUUCAUUUCAGAUUCAGACGGCCGUGGCUGCAGCAGCCAGAGAAACGGGAUACUGUAGCGAGGACUUAAAAAACAAUGUUGCACUGAGAAUUAUAUUAAAGAGGUUUAUGUGUUUGUUGUGUUCAUUUGCGGAAAAAAAAAGUCAAAACACAAAAAACACAUGCUCAUUUUCUUUCAACUUUUAUAUAUAUAUAUAGUUUCAGAUUAUUACAUAUAAUUCUGAAAUGUAAAAAUAUUGAGAUGUUUUCAUUAUUGAAAAGACAAUAGAUUCUCAACAGUAAUGUCCUCCUCGUUUCAUUUACAUGCCAUAUUAACGCUUCGUUUUGUACCGUCAUUCAAAUUUUGUGCUUUUUUUUCUUCUUUUUUUUUGUUUUUUACAAAACCGAGAAAAUGAAGCUUUUAUUUUCAAUACUGCUUCUGUAAUUUGCUGUUGUAGGAAAAAAGGAACAAUAAACAGCAAAGGCCUUAAAUA